AUGUCGCUGGCCCUGGUGCUGCCUCGAGAGCUCGAAAGUUCUGAGCUCUUACGCUUCCGCUUCGGGCCCCCGAGGGAAGGGGACCAGCUGAGACUGGGGAAGGGGGGCGGCACCUGUCCUCAAAGGGACAAGCGCGACCUCGCCGCGGGCAGCGGCCAGAUCCAGCUGUGGCAGUUCCUGCUGGAGCUGCUGGCUGACCGGGCGAACGCGGGCUGCAUCGCGUGGGAGGGCGGCCACGGCGAGUUCAAGCUGACCGACCCAGACGAGGUGGCGCGGCGCUGGGGCGAGCGCAAGAGCAAGCCCAACAUGAAUUACGACAAGCUGAGCCGGGCGCUGCGUUACUACUACGACAAGAACAUCAUGAGCAAAGUUCACGGAAAGCGCUACGCUUACCGUUUCGACUUCCAGGGCCUGGCCCAGGCCUGCCAGCCCCCGCCGGCUCAUGCCCACGCUCAUGCGGCGGCCGCAGCGGCCGCCGCCGCCGCCGCAGCUCACGACGGCGCGCUCUACAAGCUGCCCGCGACCCUGGCGCCUUUGCCCUUCCCCGGCCUCUCCAAACUCAACCUCGUGGCGGCCUCCGCCGGGGUGGCCCCCGCCAGCUUCUCCUAUUGGCCCGGUCCGGCCCCUGCAGCCGCGGCAACCGCCGCCGCCGCCGCCGCAGCUCUCUAUCCCAACCCCGGCCUCCAGCCUCCACCCGGGCCCUUCGGAGCUGUGGCCACCACCUCACACCUCGGAGGGGUGGGAGGGCACUAUCACUGAGGAGGUCAUCCCGCCGCCUCUAGCCUUGCCUCUAGACCCUUGAAGGGACCUCCAAAUCCUUUGCUCUUGUAUGUCCUCAACCCUCCAACGUUAAAGAGCCUUCUCAAUCUUUCUCCAGCUCCAGCUCUUAUUCCUGACUAUUUUGAGGACUUCCAGACGGCACUUGUAACCUUCCCCCUUCUCUUUCCAUUCCUGAAUCUUUGGGGAUCAACUCCUUUCCACCUUUUCUCAUCACUACCUGAUUCAAACAGCCUAACCAGUGAGUCCCCCAGCCCUCUGGCCUCAUCUUCUGUCGGUGACAUCGGCACCCCACUCACUUAGCGGGACCCCAAUGCUGCCUUAUCUCCUCUCCGUUCCCCAUUGAAGUCAUUUUGGGGAACGGGCUGGGGAGGGAAGCUUCGAGUGGGAGUGGGGCUUUCCCGAUGGCUCAGUUCCUCUUGUACGUAGUAGCUCCUUGCCACCUUUCCUUCUGGUCGUAGUCCGCACACGUGUUUCUAUUUUCCUUCAAACCACUAUUAAAAUGUUUAAUCCAUC